AUGGCUAUUCAGGACGGUGCUCGCUUUGAUUUCAUCGUCGUUGGUGGUGGCACCGCAGGCAACAUCGUUGCUUCCCGUCUUGCGGAAAACCCCUAUGCCAGAAUUCUAGUCGUCGAAGCCGGUAUUGGUAACUCGAAGGACAAUGAGGACAUCCGGACUCCCGCACUGGCAAUGGAUCUCCGUGGUAGCAAGCACGACUGGGCCUAUAAGACGACCAUGGUCAAGCGUGACGACUAUGAGCGGAUUGAGAAGCCUAAUACACGUGGGAAGGCCCUUGGCGGCAGUUCAUCACUGAACUAUUUCUCCUGGGUGCCGGGUUCGAAGGGGACAUUCGAUAUGUGGGAGGAGUAUGGUGGGAAGGAAUGGACCUGGGAUCCUCUUGUUCCUUACCUUCGCAAGAGUGUCACUUACCAUGACGACGCCGGUUUGUUUCCGAAGGAACUUAAGAAGAUUGGCGGGGGUGGUCCGAUUCCGAUUGCCCACGCUGAUCUUAUGCCAGAGAUGAAGGGCUUCCGUGACCUCCUCACUAAGGCCUGGAAGUCCACCGGCGAGCCUGUCACCGACAAUAUCUUCGACGGCAAGAUGAAUGGGCUCACAUAUAGUGUGAACACUAUCUAUAAGGGUCGCCGGUCGGGUAGCUUCCUCGCGGUCGCGGAUAAACCGAAUAUUACUAUUCUUCCUGAAGUCAACUCAAAGUGCCUUAUUAUCGACGAUGCUGAUCGUGUCGCUAAGGGCGUGACCGUGAUCACUGGCUCUGGGCAAGAGCUAAGCUUUUACGCUACUCGUGAAGUUAUCGUCUCCCAGGGUGUUUUUGAAAGCCCUAAGCUCCUGAUGCUUAGUGGUAUUGGACCGGCGCCCGAACUGGCCAAGCAUAAUAUCCCGGUGAUCGUGGAUUCGCGUCACGUCGGCCAGCACCUCUUGGAUCACCCCGGUGUCCCCUUUGUUCUUCGUCUUAAGGACAGUUUCUCGAUGGAUAGCCACGUCUUACGAAAGGGUCCCCUACAAAAUCAAGCUUUGUCAGCGUACUCUAAGGGUCACGCUGGCCCUAUGGGAUCACCCUUCCUCGAGAUGAUCGGUUUCCCUCGAAUCGACAAGUACUUGGAAAAGUCCCCUGAGUACCGUAAGGCAAAGGCUGCUAAUGGUGGCCUUGAUCCCUUCUGUCCAUAUGGCCAGCCCCAUUUCGAGCUUGAUUUCAUCCCACUAUUUGGCAGUGCCUUCCAGUGGCACUUCCCACACCCCAACAAAGGCAGCUACAUGACGGUUAUGGUAGAUCUCGUUCGACCCGUCUCGGAGCCUGGAGAGGUUACCCUGAAUAGCGCCGAUCCCCUUCAGCAAGCUAACAUCAACUUGAACUACUUCAACGAUGACCUUGACGUUAUUGCUAUCCGCGAAGGCAUCAGAUUCACCUAUGAUGUCCUCAAAAAUGGCGAAGGGUUCAAGGAUAUCGUUGAGGACGAGUAUCCCUGGGACAUGCCGCUGGACGAUGAUGAAGCGAUGAAAAGAACUGUGUUAGAUCGUUCUCAGACUUCGUUCCACCCCUGUGGCACUGCCCGUCUGUCCAAGAACAUCCAACAGGGUGUGGUGGACCCGAACCUCAAAGUCCACGGAGUCAAGAACCUCCGUGUUAUCGAUGCCUCUGUCAUCCCUGUUAUUCCAGACUGCCGCAUCCAGAACUCAGUUUACAUGAUUGCUGAAAAAGGCGCAGACGCGAUCAAACGCGACCACCAGGAUCUUUACUAG